ACAAAAUUAUCAAAAUGGCUUGAUAUGUCGACAACUGAAGUUACAUUAGCAAUUACUCGUCUGAAAAGUUUUUUGAAAAAUUUUGAACAAACUUCAUCGCUUAAGCAGUCGGUUGAUUUUGCUCGAUUAACUGCAGCAUAUUAUCUUGGCUUUCCCUUAUUUACAUCAAAAAUACCAGGAUCACUUCCUUCGCUCUAUGAAUGGCCAAAAUCAGUAGCAGUACUGCAACGAAAUGAUAUUGCAAAAACUAUAUCAAGCGUAUGUGAUGAACGCUUGCCUCCUAUGCUUUUAUGGAGGUGUAAUCAUCGUAUUGAAGCCAUAUAUUACUCUGAUCACUUCCGUGAUUUCAAAUCUCAAGCUUUGUUACGCUUCCUAGAAGAACACAUAUCAGGAAUAGGAUUUUUGCAAGAGUUUUGUGAAUCGCGAAUCGAUACUGCUUUUAAAGAGUUGGAUAGGAUUACAGAGAAGACAGAUGAGGAAGUUUUGCAAAAUUUACAGUUUUCAUGGAAUAAAUUGGCAGAUUCACUUCUUCAAAUGGAUGCAAUAACAGAAACUAGCAGUGCAAAGUUGUUACACAAUAAAAUUUUAUGCAAAAUGUUCAACAUUAAUGCAACAAUGCCUUUGUUUGUUGAUUCUAGUAUAGUGCUACCACGAUUGCCUGUUUAUAUCCGUUCGUCACAUUUAAAUGCUGGAAUUGAGCAUUCAAGUUACGCUCAGUUAUGGAUUCUUAUUCAAUCGUAUGCAUAUUUACUAUCUGCUGCAAAUGUAUUGCUUCCGUGUAUUCAAUAUUUCUACUGGAGCUUCAUAAAAUUUAAUAGUAAAUAUGAGAUACCAAAUAGCGCUAUGGUCAAAGCAGAAUACAUAUCACAUUUCUGGUCUUAUCCUACAUAUAAUACAGACGAGCACUUGAUAGCAAUGAAUUUAAAACUACGUCCUUCUGAUUUUGUUUGUACUACAAAUUGUAGUAAACAAAACAAAGCAAUUUCAUCCCGUAAAUCAGCACAUCUAACAGAUUUGGAUGCAAAUACUUGCUGUUAUUCAGUAUCUGAUAUCACUUCACGUAAUGUUCAUGUAACAAAUAAGCAUGAAAUUUUACGUAAUUCUAAAAUCAAUCAUGAGGAUCCGUCAAGUAUAGACAAAAUAGAUUUAUGGGGACAACUUAAUGAUGCAUAUCAAAAAGUUAACAAUUUAAUUGGUGAAGUUGAGAAAGAAAUUAAAGAAACUUCACGUUAUGUGAGGAAUUUACUUAAGAGUAAAAAAAAAGAAUUUACUAAAAGUGAACAGAAUUUAAGCAAUAUGGUAGAAUAUAAUGUUAAUAGCGUUUCUACCGAUCAAAGUGUAGAAUCAGAUAGUACAGAAAAUGGUGCUUUUAUCAAUAAUGAUCAAUUUCUACUUGAUUCGAAUCGAGAACCUGAAAGCCAUCCAGAAAUCGAGAAACUAGAUUUUAGUCUGUUAUCACCUCAACCUUUUGUACGUAAUCCAUUUGUAAAAAAGGCAGAAUCUGAAGUAACAAUGGAUUCAUCAUGUUCUACUAAUACUCUUUCUGCACUGCCUGCAUGGUUGAAAUUGCUGCCAACUAAACAUAAAAACUUUCUUCUAUCUCUUGCACCAGAUAUAAACCAAAUAGAAGAUUCAAUAAAGAGUAGCACUGAUUCAGAAGUUCAAUUAUUGCAAAUGGAAACGCCUAAAGUGAAGCAAGAAAAAAAUCAAAUUCCACCUAAAGAUUUGAAAUUUGAAUUCAUUACAACAAUUGCUUCAAAUCCGCUGUAUAAUUUGUAA